AUCUACGCGUCUCCGUCCCAACUGCCUUUUCUCGUGCCAGUCUUUCCCCUCAGCCCCGUUACCGAUUGAGAUUUUACAGCGCCUUUGGAUCUUUGGCCAUUCGCACCGAGAGCUCGCGCUUCAACCGCAUUCGACGGACUACCUUCCGUUUAUACCCCAGUUUCUUGAAUUUUUUUAUGGAAAAUGGCGAUAUUUCCUCAGUCCACCAGUGUGUUCUGCCUCCUCGCCGUCCAAACUGUGCUGCUCCUCAGCGUCUCUUCACCGGGAAUGGCAACGCUCCGGUUUCCUCAGCACUACACGAUGAUUCACUGGGCCGGUCGUAUAGAGAAAGAGUUGGAGAAGGUGCUUCAACUGGUCACCGGAGGUCAACAGAUGAAAGGAAUUUAUAGCGAGAAGAGAAGUCAGUUUGAUGUGGAGCGAAACACGCCAAAGCAGCUGGUGGAGAAAGUUGCAGGGGACAUUGCCAAACUGCUCAACAGGAAACGCAAAGCUCUUGAGAGGUUGGCUAGAGAGGCCGAGGACAUCCAGAGAGAACAUUCAUGGCAAGAUGGCAUCAAAGAAACUGACAUCCAGUACUACGAUUCCAAAGCCGACUCAGAUUACCAGUCAGAAGGUGAUGAUGGAGAAAACCUCAUGGAAAACCCAAACUCUAUCUCUUUGGAGUUUGUGGAUGACCCUAACUUUAAGAACAAAGUCAACUAUUCAUAUACUGCUGUACAGAUUCCUACAGACAUCUACAAAGGCUCUCCCACUAUUCUGAAUGAAUUGAACUGGACUCAAGCUCUUGAUCGAGUCUUCAUUGAGAACAGUCGAGAAGAUCCCUCACUUCGCUGGCAGGUGUUUGGCAGUGCCACUGGUGUCACCAGAUAUUACCCAGCCACUCAAUGGAGAGCACCCAACAAGAUUGACCUGUAUGAUGUGAGGAGACGCCCGUGGUAUAUUCAGGGUGCUUCAUCUCCAAAGGACAUGGUCAUCAUUGUGGAUGUGAGCGGCAGUGUAAGCGGACUGACACUGAAUCUCAUGAAAACCUCUGUCUAUGAAAUGCUAGACACGCUUUCUGAUGAUGACUACGUAAAUGUGGCCCGGUUUAAUGAGAAAGCAUACGCUGUGGUACCAUGUUUUACGACACUGGUUCAAGCAAACAUAAAGAAUAAGAAGAUCUUCAAGGAUGCAGUGAAGAACAUGCUGGCCAAAGGGACAACAGACUACAAGACAGGCUUUCAGUUUGCCUUUGACCAACUGUUGAAUGAGACCAGCGCUCCGAGGGCGAACUGUAAUAAGAUGAUAAUGAUGUUCACAGAUGGCGGCGAAGAUCGUGCUCAAGACAUUUUUGAGAAGUACAACUGGCCAAACAAAACAGUAAGAGUUUUCACAUUCUCAGUUGGUCAGCACAACUAUGAUGUCACUCCACUGCAGUGGAUCGCCUGUGCCAACAAAGGUUACUAUUUUGAGAUCCCUUCCAUUGGGGCCAUCAGAAUCAAUACACAGGAAUACUUGGAUGUUCUGAGUCGGCCAAUGGUGUUAGCAGGUGAAAGGGCGAAACAGGUGCAGUGGACCAACGUGUACCAGGAUGCUCUGGGUCUAGGUCUCGUCAUUACCGGAACAAUGCCAGUCUUCAAUCUCACAGCUGACGGGGACUUGAAAAAUCAGCUGAUUCUUGGUGUCAUGGGUGUAGACAUUGCCCUCAGUGAAAUUAAAGAACUCACACCGCGGUACAAGCUUGGAGCCAACGGUUACACAUUUGCCAUAGAUCCCAAUGGCUAUGUUCUCCUUCAUCCAAACCUGCAGCCUAAGAACGUUAACUUCAGAGAGCCGGUCACGCUGGACUUCCUGGAUGCUGAACUCCCAGACCGAAACAAAGAAGAUAUUCGGCGUCAAAUGAUUGACGGCAGGGCAGGACACAGGAAAGUCAAGACAUUAGUGAAAUCUGUGGAUGAGCGUUACAUUGAUGAGGUGAUGAGGACAUAUAUAUGGUCUCCAGUGGAUGGCACAGAUUACAGCCUUGGCUUAGUUCUGCCAACAUACAGUGAGAAUCACAUCAGGGCCAACCUGAGCGACCAGAUACUUCAAGUCCAGUAUUUUGAGUCUCUCCUGCCAAACACAUUUGAAUCAGAGGGACAUGUGUUCAUUGCCCCCAGGGAAUACUGCAAAGAACUGGAGCUGUCCAACAACAACACAGAGUUCCUGCUUAACUUCAUCGCUCUGAUGGAGAAAGUCACACCUGACUCCAAACAAUGUGACAAUUUCCUGUUGCAUAAUCUGAUCUUGGACACGGGCAUCAUCAGGCAGCUGGUUGAUAAAGUCUGGAAGAACAAAGAUCUUAACACGUAUGGCUUUUUGGCUGUCUUUGCGGCCACAGAUGGAGGCGUCACUCGAGUGUUCCCAAAUAAGGCUGCAGAGACAUGGGAGGAAGAUCCAGAACCAUUUAACGCAGGUUAUUACCGUCGCAGUCUGGACAACAAGGGAUAUAUCUUCAGAGCGCCUUAUCGCACUGUUAAUGAUGACAUACUGAACCCAGAGAACGACACCAUCGGGAUACUGGUUAGCACAGCAGUUGAUAUUACCAUUGGAUCCAGAAACCUCAAACCUGCAGUUGUGGGUGUAAAACUUGAUCUAGAAGCUUGGACGGACAAAUUCAAGAUACUGGCAAGCAACCACACUGAAAGCAACCGACAGAGCUCUCAAACGUGUGGACCAACCAGUGGCUGUGAGAUGGACUGUGAAGCGAACAGUGAUGACUUGCUGUGCUAUCUGAUAGAUGAUGGAGGUUUCCUCAUCAUGUCCAAUCAGAAAGACCACUGGAAUAAGAUUGGUACGUUCUUCAGCGAGGUGGACCCCGCCCUUUUUUACGCCCUGUACAACAACUCCCUCUUCAAGCGCAAGCAGUCUUAUGACUACCAGUCAGUGUGUGAUCCUGUAACCAGCAGCAACACUGGGGCCGCCCCACGAGGAGUGUUUGUGCCUACUAUUGCUGAGGUGUUAAAUGUUGCAUGGUGGACGUCAGCAGCUGCCUGGUCACUGCUUCACCAAAUGCUGUAUGGAUUUGCCUAUCAUAGCUGGUUCAUGACAGAUGAGGUAGAUGCUGAGGGAUUUGACUUCAAAGAGAUGAGCUGUGUGAUGGUACAGACACAGUUCUACUUCAGUAACAUCAGCAGCUCUUACAACAUACUGCAGGACUGUGACAACUGCUCCAGAUUAAUUCAUGCUAAGAGAAUAAACAACACUAACCUGCUGUUUGUUGUGGCUGAAAGACUCUCCUGUAACACCUGUGAAAUGGAGAAACUGUCUCAGAUGGAGAAAGAAUACAAAGAAACAAAUACAUGCGAGACAAUAGCCACAGCCCGGUAUAGAAAAGGACCCACGACCUGUUUCGACUACAAUGUUUUAGAGAACACUUCAGAUUGUGGGCGGGGUCACUCGUUCCGUCCUUCCCUCCUCACUUUACUCCUCCUCCAGCUCCUCCUCCUGUCUGUUAUGGCCCACCCCUCUGUUUAACUCCAUCCUCCUCUCCUCGUCUCCCUCCUUCUCGUCUCCUUAAUUCUGCAUUUCUCCUUUAUCUCCCUGUUGCUCUAGUCAUAGUUAAUACAAGGGACUUCCUUCUGCCCUUAUAUGGAAGCCCAAGUCGUACUGCUUCAUCCACUUAGCUUCACAAGUUGUUGCUUAGUGACCGUUGCAAAACAUUGAUGUCUCCUGCCAAUCAAGGGCAUUUGUGGGAGGAGCUAAAAGUGUCUUUACGAAACAGGAAGCCACUAACGUACGGAAAGGAGACAUGUUGGAAAACGACACAGACUGUUCCCUCACAAAACACCCGCCUUUGCGGCGGUAAGGGGUUAAGUUUCGCUUGACUCCACCUCUGAAGGUCAAAGGUCAUCCUCAUCUUCAUCCAUUACAGUAACCUGUGUCUACAGGGCUACAGGACAUUCUGAUGCCGUCUAGCUUGCGGUAAUAAGAAAAUAACAGAAAAAAAUAAGAGCAGAACAUGUGAUUAUCAAAAAAUAUCAGUAACAACGUGAGUAUUAAAAACAUACCUCCAUAUAUUAGGAUAUUUAAUGAGAAAGGGAAGAUGAUAGGUGUUAUUUAUUCAAUUAUCUUUUGUUUAUUUAAGCACUAUAUCUACUUCUUGCCAAAAUAAGACUAGUUGUGUGGUCAAAUUUUUCAAGACAAAUUAGGUGGUAGGAAAAACAAAAGUGGCUCACAUGUGUGAAUGAAGUACUCAUGUUGAGAUAAAAGCGGUAUUAUAACUCAUAUCACUCAUAAGGGCUUCAUAUUUUUAUUAUUUCUUUUAUUUUACUCCUCAGAUCAGAAUAGGUUUGAAUUUUUCUUCAGCUCAUGUGUUUGUCUGGUGAAAAGCUUAACACAAGGCAAACUACAUGAACGCCUCCGUAAGUUAAUAACUGCAGCUAAUUUGUAAGAACGUGUUCGUUUUCAAUCAAUCAAGAAGGGAUUUGGUAAGUGGAGAGAGAUUGAUGGAUUAAAAUGAUAUGUAAUGAUAUCAGUUUGCAAACUCUAAUUCUAUUAUAUACAUACAAUUUUCCAUAAUCACAGAUUGUACAUUGCAUGCAAACGAGCACUUCACAACACAUUCUGAUCGUUUGCGCCAUUGUUUACAAUGAAGGAUUUGUCAGUGAAUAGUAAUGCGAUGAAACCAUGAUUCUAGUUAAUGUGAUCACUAUUGUACUGUAGAGCAGAGUAGUUUUAUUUUUUAUAAUGCAUAAGGCACAAAACAUUUUCUACACAAGUAUGCGAAUGCAAAUGCUUGAAAUUAGGGCUGCACGAUUAUGACAGAAAUCAUAAUUGUCAAUUAUUUCCCUUGCUAUUCUAAUUGCGAUUCAUUUUGAUUGAUAUAAUUAACAUUAUACUACACAACAGACAUGUCUAGUUAGUUAUAAUGUUCAACAUCUGCAUAAAAACAAGUAAAUAGAACAUUUGAAUGGGAGUAGGCCUAAAUCAAAAUGUUGUUAUUGACAGUUUUCACGAUUCGCUGUAAUUAAUUGUAUUCGGGAUUAUUUAUUUGAAUUAAUUGUGUAGACCUACUUCAAAUACACAAGUUCGAUGUCAGAUGCCAUUGUAUUUUGAAAUGCACCAGACACAAUUCAUUACAGAGUGGCAGUAUGCGUUGUAAUCUCAGUGUAUCAUGAGCAUAAACCUCUUCUUUAUGGCGGAGCAACAGUUUAGAAGAGAAUCUUGCUGAGCAAGUUGGCUUAAGUAAGUCGACAUGUUUAUAGCUAGUUAUGUGAAUAAUAACACAUCCGUUUUAAUGGCACAGAUGUUAAAAGGGAACUCUUAUCGCCCCCCCUUGAGUACUGAGAUUAACGCCACAGUACAAGGGAACGUUCGUUACAUUUGCAUCCAUUUUUGUGUACUUGCGUAGAGUAUGUUUCAGACCUAAGAGAUGUUUUAACCAGUUUUUAGUAGCUAUCUGUUAUCAAGAUAACAAUUUUUUGGUUUUGAAAUGUUUGUAAUGUGAUGAAAUUGCAGCAAAAAUUCUUGUUUUGGCCGAGUUCUAUAUUAUUCUCUUUUAGCUGUGCCCUGAUGCACUUUUACGUUAGACAGCACUGAUCAUAGAGCACGAUAAUUAUAGACACUCUAUAUAAGGUUACAGUAAGAGGGCCGUAUAACCAACAUAGGCUAUGUUCGGAAUGGAAAACUAGUGCACUGCAUAGUAUACACUGUAUACUGCCAAUUAUUGUUUUAAAUGGUAUGUGAAACAGUACGCAUUAUUCAAUGAUAAACAUUUGAAACCGUAGUAUGCUACAAUGUUGUCUCUUGCCCUCUUUAUCUUGCAUAUUUAAUGCUGUAAGUGGCGUCCAGUUAUCAUCUUGGACAUUAAAAUAGUUCAUUUGCAUUUUUUUUAUCCAAUUUUGUGUAAAAAUAAAAAAAAAUCUUAAUUCUUGGUUGUCUGAUAAGAUUAGUCAAGGAGGAGGAAGAAAAUAACAGGUUAAUUCUUCAAACUGGAAAUGGAAGAUUAAGUUUUAGUUUUGGCUGAUUUAAUGGGUCAUUUGGAUAGUUCUUCAUGCAUGCACACAUUAUACAAUACAUACCGCAGAAAUACUCUAUUAUUAAGCCAGUGUUUGCCAUAUCCUUUAGACCCCAAUUGAGAUUUAUUGCGAUCUAUCCCUUAUAUUUGAGUCAAUCUAAAUCUAAAUGUACACAAACCCUGAUUAACUCAUAAGAAGCACCUUAUACAUUUACAAUGUCAGUAAAUGAGCUCAGAUCCUUAUUUCCUGAUCUUCAGUUGCUCUGCAAACAUUUUAUAUUCACCCAUCUCGAUGGCCAUCACCUUCAAUAUAAAGUAAAGCGUUAACAAAGACCAUCAUAUAUAGUGGAGCCGUCUUAAGCAUUUGUAGGACCUUGUCACUUACACUAUAAGGUUACUCAAUGGUUCUUUGUAGCACUUUAUGUUCAGCAAAGAGCCUUCUUAUAAAUAAAAAAUGUUACGCAAAUGAAAAUUAAGUUCUGAUGGAUAGAAGUACAGGCUGUUCAAUGGGUUGUACUGUAGCCUUGCACUUGCUGCUGAUCGUUAAGUGGACAAAACAUUGCAAAGACUCCAGAAAACAUGGGUUGUAAACAUGAGACGUGACCUAAAGACAGUAUAAAACACACUGAAUGCAAUGUACUUGUUUUCAUUUGCAUCUAAUUAGUGUCAAAUAUAGGGUUCUUGAGUUGGCUACAAGCUUCUUGAUCUUGAGUUUCAGAUCAGUCUGUUGAUUCCUGGCUUCAUAGAAGCACCAGAUGGUUUUCUCAAGAACUAGAAGAUUCAAACUUUCCCAUAUAAAACCCUUUUCUGAUUCCAGAACCUUUCUUUUUUAAGAGUGUACUUUUGUGGGUGAAGUUCUUGUGACUGUGUAUGGGUAAACUAGGUGUUAAGAGUUGCAAAACUGACCGCUCUACAUCAGCUCAAUGCAUUUAAAGCUUCAUAAUGGAGGUGCUCUGGUUAUAGAGUUACCUGCAGUAGAUGUUUUUCGUCAGGUUUGUUUGAGGGAGUGAGUUUAUAUAUGUGUUUGUAGGUUUACUAAUGGUUGAGGAAAUGAAUCAAUGUUUGCUGUUAUGAAGUAUUUGAAAUAACUGUGAAAAAUAGACAAUUUUAUGCGAAGUGCUUUUGAGAGUAUCGUCAUUGUUGGUGUUGCAGGAAUAAUAACACAAAAGUGUCAAACGAAUGUUUCAUAUCUGUCUGUCGCAAUGCAAUCCGUGCUAAAACACUGCAAUUAAUGUUCACGUUCACCCAAAAAUUCAAUUUUGUCAAUUUAUUCACCCUCAUUUAGUAUAAAACUGAUAUGAUCUUAUUGCAUGGAAAACAAAAUCAGAUGUUUUACAAAAUUAUCAAACUGCUCUUUUCCUUUUAUCAAAUAUAUAUAGUUACCUGAGACCACCAAGCUUCAAAAAAAGCACCAUAUAAGGGUUUGGAACAUCAUAGGGGUGAGUAAAUGAUGACAGAAUGUCAUUUUUGGGUAAUCUACUCCUUUAUUGUUCUCAUUGUUUUCUCACAAACAGAUAUCAAGAUGUGUCAUGUAUUUUAUAGACAUUUUAUUUGAGAGGUGAAUGGUGCAUGUUUGACACUGAUGCUAGUGGACACAUUUCUAACAUCACUGUUUCCUGUCUGAAGUUUGUAUAUCAGCUUUGCACCACCUUCAGAACUAAUUGAUUUUAGAGGAUAUUUGAUGUAUAUGCUUAAUGUCAGGUUGAAAGUUGAGCUUAAUUCAAUGGACUGUACAUACAGUAUCACUUAUAUAAACUUGAAUGCAAUCCUUAUCCUCACAAUAUCAACUAUGACUCAUAUGUUUAAAUGGCGUAACGCACAUUCUGAUGAAUUUCUGAAUCCUUCAACAAUAUAAAACACACGUUGUUCCUGAAUUUAUAUUUGACAAAACUAAUGACAAAAAAAACCAUAAAUAACUUCUUGUUUCAAAAUAUAUGUGCACGGUCAUGUGGUGUUGUACGAAGAAAAAAAAAAACUGAAGACCUUUAUGGCAAAAACGGAAAUGAUGUGAGAUGUGAGAAGUUAAAGAGAUAGUUCACCCCAAAAAUAUAAAUUAUGUCAUCAUUUACUCAAUCUCAUGUCGUUCCAAACCAGAAAGUUUCUCUUUCUUUUUUUCUUUUUAAUUUUAAUUUGGAAUGCCCAAUUCUCAAUGCACUCUAGGUCCUCGUGGUGGCGUAGUGACUCGCUCAAUCCGGGUGCCGUAGGACGAAUCUCAGUUGCCUCCGCGUCUGAGACCGUCAAUCCGCGCAUCUUAUCACGCGGCUUGUUGAGCGCGUUACCGCGGAGACAUAGCGCGUGUGGAGGCUUCGCGCUAUUCUCCGCAGUAUCCACGCACAACUCACCGCGCACCCCACCGAGAGCGAGAACCACAUUAUAGCGACCACGAGGAGGUUAUCUCAUGUGACUCUACCCUCCCUAGCAACCGGGCCAAUUUGGUUGCUUGGGAGACCUGGCUGGAGUCAGAAAAAAUGACUCUAUUUCUUAAGUGAAACACAAAUAUAUUAUCAAAGUGAAUGGGUACAAGGGCUGUCAAUUGGCAAAAAUGUGAAACAAUAGUCCAAGCUUCAAAAACACAAUUCGACAAGUUUGUAUAUACGAAAGCACAAAAGAAAUGUUAAAGAUACGGUGUUAGCAAAAAACUUUCAGUGACGACAAAGGAAUAGUUCACCUAAAAAUGAAGAUUCUGUCAUCAUUUACUCACCCUUGUGCCAUCCCAGAUGUGUGUGACUUUCUUCUGUUGAACACAAUAAUUUUUUUGAAGAAUAUCUCAGCUCUGUAGGUCCAUAAAAAGUUAAUGGUAGCCAGAUCUUUGAGGGUCCAAAAUGCAUAUAAAUGCAGCAUAAAAAUAAUCCAUUUGACUCCACAGUAGUUAACUCCAGGUCUUCAGAAGUGAUAAGUGUGGGUGAGAGUCCUUUUUUCUUUACUAUAAAUCUCGACUUUCACAUACUACUUAGUUUGUUUUUGGCAAUUCGCAUUCUUUGUGCAUAUCGCCACCUACUGGGCAGGGAAGAGAUAUUUAUUUUAAAACAAUUUUUCUUAAAAUCUUCAUCUGUGUUCUACAUCAGAAAGAAAGUCAUACACAUUUGGAAUGGUAUGAGGGUGAGUAAAUGAUGAGAGAACUUACAUUUUUUGGGUGAACUAUCCCUUUAAAUUUCAGCCUGUUCCUAAAAUCUGUUUAGAACAAUAUGAAGGUGAGUAAUUGACCAGAAUUUUCAUAUUUGCAUGGAUUAUUAAUUUAAUGUCGAAACUUAUCUACUUUGUUUGUUUGUUUGCCUGAUUAUGAAAACAAACUGCAAUUUUACUUCAUAUCUAGCAAAGAAAGUGCUUUAAAAGGUUAUAUAAAAACUUUGUCACACUUUUUAUUUGUUUUAAUUUUAUUUCUUGAGGAAAGUGUAUAAUUGCCUCAAUACUGGAACACUGUCGAUGUACAGGAGCACGGAACACAUUUUUGGCAAGACACCGCGAUUAAAUGGUCAUGAAUACGUCUGUCUUUUGUCACAAUUCUAAAUACCUUGUUUUUAAGUGGUCUGAAAGAUUUGCUUUUGCCAAAUAAAAAAAACAGAAAAAAUAGUAUUCAUAAAGAAAAGCUAAAAAAGAGGAACCAGCUUGCACAAGGGGAGGGGUCUGCUCUAUACCCCACCAACUGGGAGGAGUCAUUCAUUUAGACCCUCCCCCUCCAAAGCAACAUCCUUGUAGGCGCAUUUCCAUCAGCGAGAUAUGUAUGUGAUUACGUAGUCUUUAGUCUGGUGCUCCGUGACAAAUGUGUAAAAAAAAAAAUAUAUAUAUAUAUAAAAAAAAAAGGAGAAACUGAAUUCAACAUGAGUGAGGUUUAACAAUGUAUUAACAAUCCAAAAAUAGAAUCACAGUACUGCUGAUAAUAUUCAUGAGUGGAGGUCUGAUAUCAUGGUGAGCGUAUUUUUCUUUCGUUUGUUUAAUGGAUCGUGUGUUGGGGGCUCAGUGCCUUGUGUCUGGGUCUACGUUGCUCCAUUUAUUUCUUUUUUGUACAGACAACAAAAAAAAGACAAAGGGAACAUUUGUAAAAUAUUGUGUCUGUGACUCCUUGUAAAAUAUUUUCAAAUUGUUUAUUACAGAGAAUCAGUUAUUAAAUAAUGUUCAUAUUUUUCACUUAAUUGCAUUUUGUAGUGUUUAUUCUUCUGAUAUAAUCAGGUCGUUUCAGCUGGACAAAUAAACACAAACAUAUGAUUCGUUAAGUCAUUGGUCCCACUUUAUCACACAAAUGAUCCAUCUAAAUGUACUACAGUCUUGUGGAAUGUGUUGUCUG